AUGGCUCAUUUCGAUCUACAUUUAAUCUCCAGCUACAUAUUCGUCUAUCUCAUUCUUUUAUCUCUCUACCACAUUUUUACCUAUCUCUUUCUCUUGUCUAUCUAUCUAUCUAUCUAUCUAUCUAUCUAUCUAUCUAUCUAUCUAUCUAUCUAUCUAUCAUUGUAUUUUUAUCUUUCUGAUAUUUAUCUAUUUAUCUAUAUUUAUGAUUAUUUUACCUAUCUAUUUAUUUAUUUGUCCAAACAUUUUAUCUAUCAAUCUAAUAAGUUAAUAUAUCUAUCUGUCAAUUUUUUACUCUACUUUCGCAUUCUUUUAUCUAUCACAUUGUUUUAUCUAUCUAUCUAUCCCUUUAUCUAUCUCAAUCUUUUAUCUAUCUAUCUAUCUAUCUAUCUAUCUAUCUAUCUAUCUAUCUAUCUAAUUCAUUUAACUAUUUCGUUCAUGAAUGUCUACAUCUAUCUAUCUCAAACAUAUCUAUUUACAUUUCAUGUCCAUAUACAUAUUUAUAUCUAUCUAUCUAUCUAUCUAUCUAUCUAUCUAUCUAUCUAUCUAUCUAUCUAUAGCAUAUCCAGCUAUACUUUCGCUCUCUGUUCCUUCACAUUGUAUAUCAGUCUGUCUCUCUCAUUCAGUCACUAUCUCUACCUCUCUGUAUGUACUUCUGUAUAUCUCUGUCGCUAUCUGUCUGGGUCUAUAUAUCUGCUUGACAAUGGGUGUGUCUGUUUCUUUCUCUCUCUCUCUCUCUCUCUCUCUCCAUCUCUCUCUUCUCUCUUUUACGCUCUCUCAAUGUCUACCCUUCUAUCUCUUUUUCUCUGUCCAUCACUCUCUACCACUCUGUCUCUCUAUCUGUCACUCUCUGCCGCCCCAUCUGUCUGUCUGUAUUUGCCGCUAUACCAUCCUAUCUUCUUGUCUCCGUGUAUCACUCCCUACUACUCUAUCUGUCUGACUUUCUCUCUCUCUCUAUCUCUCUGUCUUUUUCUCUCUAUCUCAGUCUUUAGCGAUAUAUCUAUGUCUAUGCCUGUCUGUCACUGUUUCUGCAACUCUCUCCCCAUCUCUGUGUGUCUCUCUCUCUAUGCAUCUCUCUCUCUGUAUAUCUAUCUUUCUUUCACUCUCUCUCUCUCUCUCUCCCUCUUUCUGGCUCUGCGCAUUGGACAACACCCAGAUUUUGGCAUGGAAUAUUUAGGAAAAAAGAAAUGA